UCUGCUACAAUCCUUGGGUCUUCAAUUGUUGCUUCGACACAAUGGCCGAACCCGCACCCGCUGCUGCAGGCGCCAGCGACCCUACGAAGGAACCUUCCAAGAAUGCCUUGAAAAAAGCCCAGAAGGAGAAGGAAAAGGCCGAGAAGAAAGCCGCCGCCAAAGCCCGCGAGCUCGCCGAGCGCCAGAAGAAAGAGGCAGCCGACGCCGAAGACGUCUCCAAGGACUCGUACGGCGAGCUUCCCUUGACCGGCUCCAAGGACUUCAAGGUCACCGGCACGAAGCGCGAGGACCUCUCCCAGAUUGCCGAUUUCGAGGACAAGGAGAUCACUUUCCGAGCUUGGGUGGAGAAUGCGCGCGUCCAGUCCGCUAAGCUGGCAUUCCUCAACCUGAGGCAGGGUCUCAACACCGUGCAGGCCGUCGUCGCUGCGAGCGAGAAGCUCAGCAAGCAGAUGGUCAAGUUCUCGGGUAACGUGUCGACCGAGAGCACCGUCGCCGUCACGGGUCUCGUCAAGCGUGUCAAGGAGCCCAUCAAGAGUGCGACUAUCAAGGACUUUGAGAUCCACAUCCAGAAGCUUUUCGUCGAGAGCAAAGCUGAGGUUCCUCUGCCGUUGCAGGUCGAGGAUGCGGAGCGUCCGAUCCCGAGUGAGGGCUUGGGAGAGGAUGAUUCUAAGCAGGAGGAGAGUGAUGGUAGGCCGCUCGUCGGAUUGAACACGAGACUAAACAACCGAACCAUCGAUUUGCGUGCGAAGAUCAAUCAUGCUAUCUUCAUCAUUAAGGGCGGAGUAUGCGCUCUAUUCCAGGAAUUUCUUUCUCAAAAGGGUUUUAUUCUCAUGCAAACUCCCAAAAUCCUUGGUUCCGCCUCCGAAGGUGGUGCUAGUGUCUUCGAGGUUAAGUACUUUGACCGUCCCGCAUGUCUAGCACAGAGCCCGCAGUUCUAUAAGCAAAUGCUCAUUGCUUCAAGAUUCCAAAAAGUUAUGGAAAUCGGGCCCGUUUUCCGAGCCGAGAACAGCAACACCGCACGACAUCUAACCGAGUUCACUGGACUCGAUCUUGAGAUGGAGUUCCAGGAGCACUAUUACGAGGUUGUUGGUGUGCUCGAGGAGCUCAUGCUCUUCAUCUUUACCGAGCUCAACAAGCGGUACAAGAAGGAGACCGAUCUGGUCCGAAGUGUUUACCACGUCGACGAGUUCAAGCUCCCAGAGGCUGGCAAGGUUCCCCGCAUACCUUUCUCAGAGGGUAUACAGAUGCUUCGCGACGCUGGCGAAGAUCUCAACGACUACGAUGACUUGAGCACUCCGCAGGAGAAAAAGCUUGGUCGUCUCGUCCUAGAGAAAUACGGCUCCGACUUCUACACGCUGGACCAAUUCCCCCUUGCCGUCCGCCCCGCAUACACCAUGCCAUCCCCACACGACCCCAAGUAUUCCAACUCAUAUGACAUGUUUAUGCGCGGCCAGGAGAUCUGCUCUGGUGCCCAGCGUAUCCACGACGCCGAGUUGCUCUCUAAACAGAUGCGAGAGCACGAUCCCCCAAUCGACCCUAACGGCGCCGGUACCAAGGACUAUGUUGACAGCUUCAGGUAUGGAUGCCCGCCGCAUGGUGGAGGCGGCUUCGGCCUCGAGCGUAUCGUGCAGUUCUGGUUGGGCCUGCCAAACAUUCGCAUGGCGAGCUUGUUCCCCAGGGACCCUGUGCGUGUUACGCCUUAGAGUAACUGCGUGAUGUCGAUGAUGUUGAAAGACACCUUAGAGUAGGUAGCUGUAUGUCGGGUUAAAUGGGUCGUCAAGCAGCGAGGAAAGGAGAAAAGAUUGGCUACGAGACAGCCAUAGUCAGCGGAGAUCGAGCCACACAGCGUUGGCUUGAGUAGAUUAGGUUCUAAGAUCAUAUUGCAUCGGACUAUUAAAAAAAUCGAAACUUUAUCCGAGC